AUGGCUAUUAUGUGGGGAACAAUGCGAGCUCACCAUGAGACCCAAUCGAAGAUUCAUGGUGAGUUUGUGAAGCUUGUGAGUCAACAAAAGGAGUACAUAAAGGCCUUCAACAAUUGGUUAAAACUUAAUCUCAUCCCCAUUGAGAGCAACUUGAAGGAGAAGGUUUCUUCCCCUCCAAGAAUUCAACGACCCCCUAUUCAGGGACUCCUCCUUGCUUGGCAUGACCAUCUAGAGAAACUUCCAGACGAUGUUGCAAGAACUGCGAUACAUAACUUUGCUGCUGUAAUUAAUACUAUUAUGAUUCUCCAAAAGGAAGAAAUUAAAAUGAAGGAGAAAUGUGAAGACACUAGGAAAGAACUUUCCCGCAAGGCCAGACAAUUCGAGGACUGGUACAAUAAAAAUAUGCACAAGACCAUUUCGGACGAAGGAGAUACAGAUAAGCCAGAAGGCCACACUUGA